GUCGUGUGGUGCGGCUUUGGGCUAUGUGGAGGGUCUGUUGUGACUUGUGAGGCUCGAUGGCUCCGCUCGUCCGUCGUCACUCGUCCGCACGGACACGGCUGCACGGUGGUGGUGGUGGUGGGAGCAGAGCAGCCGAGGAGGCAAUUCUAUCCCGGCGGCCCGGCCGUCCCUCCAUCCCGCCCUCCCUCAGCCUCAAUCCUCUGGAGUAGUUGAGUCUGGAUUCCGCCACUUCAUUUUGGUAGCGCCGUAGCGGCCCUGCUCUUUGAGCAAAUUCUGGGUCCGCCAGCCGGCGGCAAGCCUCGUCAGGUGGGCUUCUCCGGCCCUGGAGCGGAGGCUACAAGGAACUUCUCGUCAUGGCGCUGUCUAAGGACGACUGCCUCGACGGUGCCAAGGUCACGGAGGUAGGAGUGGGGGGCUACAAGGAGCUUCUAGUCAUGGCGCUGCCUAAGGACGACGGCCUCGACGGCGCCAAGGUCGCGGAGGCCAUCGGCGUCAGGCUACCGGACUUCGGAGGGGUCGUAAGGACUAUUUUGGAGAGCAGAGAGGCCAGAGAAUUUGCCAGUGGGGCACUAGCUGGUGCUAUGUCAAAGGCUAUUCUUGCCCCCCUAGAGACUCUCAGGACAAGAAUGGUUGUAGGAGUAGGAUCUAGGCAUAUUUUUGGUAGUUUGGUGGAGAUCAUCGAACAACGUGGGUGGCAAGGGCUUUGGGCAGGAAAUACAAUCAACAUGCUCCGCGUUAUUCCAACCCAAGCAGUUGAACUCGGAACAUUUGAAUGUGUCAAGAGGAGCAUGACAGAAGCACAAGAGAAAUGGAAAGAGGACGGAUACCCAAAAAUUCAGCUUGGUAAUAUGAAAAUCGAGCUUCCACUUCACUUCUUAUCUCCUGUUGCUAUUGCCGGUGCUGCUGCUGGAAUAGCUGCCACAUUGGCGUGCCAUCCUCUCGAAGUUAUCAAGGAUCGUUUGACUGUCAAUCGAGAGCUUUAUCCAAGCAUUAGCCUUGCCUUCAGAAGGAUCUAUCAGACGGAUGGUAUAGGUGGUCUCUAUGCUGGCCUCUGUCCAACACUAAUUGGCAUGAUUCCUUACACCACAUGCUACUUUUUUAUGUAUGAUACACUCAAGACCUCUUACUGCCGCUUGCAUAAGAAGCCAUCUUUGAGUCGCCCUGAGCUUCUACUUAUCGGGGCUCUUUCAGGUCUGACUGCAAGCACAAUCAGCUUCCCGCUGGAGGUAGCAAGGAAGCGGCUGAUGGUCGGCGCCCUGCAGGGGAAGUGCCCACCUAACAUGAUUGCCGCUUUAUCAGAGGUGAUACAGGAGGAGGGAUUCCGGGGGCUUUACCGCGGGUGGGGGGCGAGCUGCCUGAAGGUCAUGCCACAUUCCGGCAUCACCUGGGUGUUGUACGAGGCAUGGAAGGAUGUUCUUCUGGCUGACAGGAACAAGCCGCGCGGCUUAGCAAAUUGAACAAGCUGUUUGUUGAACAAUGGAGGCGUUGCCGCAGAUGAAGUUUUGCUCCUUUGCUGGGAUUUCUGAUCUAUUUUCAGUUUUGGAAUCCUGGCUGUGCCGAAUGGGUGGUUGUGAUUCCUGAUCUAUUUCAGUUUUGGAUUGCUGGGAUUUCUGAUCUAUUUUCAGUUUUGGAAUCCCGGCUCCGGCGAAUGGGUGUAUAGAGUGCCUCUCUCUUUUUUGGCUGAGUGCAAAGCAUUUGUUGGGUCAUGAAUUCUGAACAGCUGAUUGAUUUUUGUUCUGUUAUAAGAAAAGGAUUUGAGUA